AUGGGGUAUCCGCUAAACGAUGCCGGUGAAUUCCAGUUAGAUGUUGACGCGUCUGGUCUCGGUAUUGGGGGAGUCUUAAGCCAAAUGCAGGAAGGGCGCGAAUGUGUCAUCGCGUACGCAAGUAGAGGUUUAAAUAAAGCCGAACAGAACUAUUGUGUGACCGAAAAGGAGUUGUUGGCGGUCGUGUAUUUCGUGCAGUAUUUUCGGCAGUAUUUACUUGGCAGAAGGUUCAAGAUCCACACUGACCAUCAAGCCCUGGUUUGGCUCUUCAGACUGAAGGAGCCCAGCGAGAAAGUUGCCCGAUGGAUAGAGAUCCUUGCAGAUUUUGACUUCCAGAUAGAAUACCGGCCUGGUAAGAAGCAAGGCCACUGUGACGCCCUGUCAAGAUGUAUGACUCCCCAUGACUGUACAUACUCUGAGGUGGACAUGUCAGAACCCCUGAAGUGCGGGCCAUGCCGCAAAUGUAAAAGGCGGGCGGAAACCAUGAUGAUGGAUGGGCCUCAAACUCUCUAUAAUUCACAGGUCAAUGGGAAUGAUGCAGAUGUUGACGCAAGUGCUACAUCAAAAGAGACAACUGACCCUGUCAAGGCAGUGACUGCACAAGGUUCCGAACAGCCAAGUACUUCAAGGCGCCCUACAACUGAAAACAAUGCGAAGACUGGUGGCUGCUGGAUAGGUGGAUACACUGCUGGAGAAAUAUGCACUAUGCAACGAAAUGAUCCCAACCUUGGUCUUAUUUUGCCCGCCCUUGUCAAUGGAAUUAGACCAUCUGUUUCAGAUAUGUUUGACAAAAGUGCAGAAGCGAGGCAUUACUGGAUACUUUGGGGCGUUCUGUUUAUCAAGGAAGGCAUGUUGUGUAAGCACUUUAAGAAGGCCGACAAUACUGGAGAGGCUAAUCAGAUAUUGGUACCCAGGAUCCUGAGGGAAAAUGUUAUGAGGCAGUCACAUACUGUGUUAACAGCAGGUCACCUUGGAGCAAAGAAGACUAAGGCCAGAAUAUUACAGGGUUUCUACUGGUAUGGCAUGACAGAAGACGUCAAACUCUUUAUCCAAAGAUGUGAUGUGUGCGAAUGUGACAAAGGCUUACAGAAGACGCCGAAAGCACCUUUGACAAACAUUGUGACAGGGGCUCCAUGGGAUAUUCUGGCCAUAGACUUUACAGGACCGUUUCCAGUUACACCGAGAGGAAACAGGUAUAUAAUGGUCCUUGCUGACCAUUUCACAAAAUAUGUCGAGGUGGUACCAGUACCGAAUCAGACGGCUGAAGAAUGUGCUGCCAGGGUGUUAAAUGAUUUUGUCGCUAGGUGGGGCACGCCUUUAGCCAUCCAUACAGACCAAGGAGCAGCUUUUGAGAGUAAGCUUUUCAAGGAGCUUUGUUCUAUGCUGGAGGUACGAAAAACCCGAGCAAGUGCUAGACACCCACAAGGGAACGGCCAGGUCGAAAGAAUGAUGAAAACAUUGUUGAAGAUGGUCAGGGCAUACCUUGUUGGCGAACAAGACGAGUGGGACGUCAAUUUGGGUUGUUUAGCAGGUGCGUACCGAGCUACUCCACACGAGUCGACAAAGCUCACGCCGAACUUACUUGCAAUGGGACAUGAGGUGCGACUACCAGCUGACCUGAUUUUCGGACAUAAGGACAUUCGCACUGAGGAAAGGCCUACAUGUGGAGAGUACGUCCAGGACAUGAGGGAACACCUUCAUAAGGCUCAUGAAGUGGCGAGACGACACCUUAAAAUGAGCGCCAAAAGGAGCAAACAGAUAUAUGACGUCAAAAGAGUCUACACCUAUAUGAGGUUGGAGAUGUAA